CGGAUCCCAAAAAAGUGACGUUGCAGGAUAAACAAACGGAGGAGAGGCAGCUCAGACGGAGACAGAGCAGUGCGGCAGCCUGUAUCCUGGCAUUUUGUAACAAAAAAUAUAUAUUUAUAAAGCGGAUAAUGCAGUCUUCCAAGAGGAGCGAGAGUGACUGGCAGGGGCUCGUCAGCGAGUUCCUGGUGUGUAAACGUAAGCUGGAGAGUAAGAAAGAGGCCCUGCUCAUUCUGUCCAAGGAGCUGGAUACCUGUCAGCAGGAGAGAGACCAGUACAAGCUGAUGGCCAACCAGCUGAGGGAGCGCCACCAGGGCCUCAAGAAGAAGUACAGGGAACUCAUUGAUGGCGACCCCUCUUUGCCACCAGAAAAACGCAAUCAAGUAAACCUGGCUCAGCUGUUGAGAGACUCGAGAGAACGAGCAAAGCAGCUGGCCGAGGAGGUGAAGGAGCUGACUCAGAGACUCACGGAGGCCCAGGGGGAUAACAAGCUCCUGAGGAUGACCAUUACUCGACAGAGGCUGGGGGAUGAGGAGGUGGGGGCACGCCAUUUCCCUGCCCAUGAACGUGAGGAUCUAGUUCGCCAGCUAGAGAGAGCAGGGCUACAGAUGGAGGAGAUGGAGCACAACAUGAAGGCUCUGACAGAUGAGCUGCAGGACGUGAAGGCGGAGCGCAGUGUGUUCAGGGAGAAGGCCUACCGGCUCAACGUGGAACUCAACCACGUCUUGGGCAACCGUGAGGCACGCAUCAUUGAUGUGGAUGCCCUCUGCAUGGAGAACAGGUAUUUGCAUGAGCGUUUCAGCCAACUACAAGAGGAGGUGAACCUGCUGAAAUCCAACAUCAUGAAGUACAAGACAGCUCUUGAGAGGAGGAAAAACUCCAGCACAUAUGGGAAAUCAAACAACAGUCCCCUCACUGGAGUACUCUCCGCCAAACAAGUCCAGGAGAUGCUUCUGGAGGAGCAGGGCUGCAGCCUGCCAGCCACGCCUCAGUCCAUAUCCGACCUCAAGUCCCUGGCCACGGCUCUGCUUGAGACCAUCCACGAGAAGAACCUGGUCAUCCAGCAUCAGAGGCACACCAACAGGAUCCUUGGGAACAGAGUGGCAGAUUUGGAAAAGAAGCUGAAGACACUGGAGGUUUCAGGACUGUGGAGUCUUCCAGGCUUGACCUACCGCGUAUCCGUGGGAAUUGGGAGGACACGAGACCAUAGCACACCAAAUGAAAACCUUCAACCGGAGCUCCAUCCAACACGUGCCACAUCUCAGCCAAACAUGCAGCCCGGAGUGCAGCCACCCAAAGUUGUGUCAGACGACAGAAGUUCACAUGAAUCAUCGUGGGAAUGCCACACCGCUGGCAGCGACCUUGGCACAGAUGGCGUCAGCAGGGAAGACGCACCUGCACUGCUCAACAGCCUGGAGCCUCUAGUGGGGGUGGGGGUGGAGACGAAUGGGAUCGACGGGAGAGUGGGGGAGAUCGUGACCCUGACGGAAGACGGAGCCGCGAUAGAGCUGGAGGAGGGGCGGAGUCCCGUGGAAGAGGCGGGGCACGAGGUCGAGGGAGUCGAGGAUGAGGAACUGGGUUCCACGGUGGAGGAAGGAGAAGAGGCAGCUCUGGCGCUGGGUGUCACGCCCAAUGAAUCAGACCUUCCAUGGCUUCAAGUCAUACAAGCCUCUGUGGAUCAUUCAGAGGUGGGUACUCAGCCCUGCGAAUCCCAGGACGAUGGGUCAAAUCAUGAACCUGAUCAUGUAGAAGCCUCAGUAUCAAUUCCAGAGAACAAGUCCACAGAGGAGUCGAAUACAGGGGAGUGGGACAUUGUGGAUCUACGCAGUGACACCUGUCAUAGUGACAACUUGGCAUGAUCUGAUGUCACCAAAAGACAUACGUAUUGAUAAUUGCAAUCAUCAACCCUAGUUGCAUUCACACAGUGACACCACCGUUCACUUGCCCCCUUUUCCACCUAGCAGCUCUGUUUCAGUCAAUAAAACAGAGAGAAAACACUUUUUCAGCCACCACUGAAGGAGCCAGAGGUGCACUUUGUAUCGAGACAGGGUGGUUGCUGCGCAGGAACAGGAAAUCUCGAAAUCAAUGGAGUCGCAAACUCCAUGCCCUACAGGGAGAAUUUAGCUAGGAAAAUAACAAAUAUGGCAGCUUCAACUCCUGCGCCCCAUAUUCCCCUCUUCCUUUCCCCCUGCGAUAAGAUAAUCCCAAUUGUUUGCUUUCUUCUUCUUCCUUAAGGGAUGCCAAUAAACUUAGUGCUGCAUUUUGUUGUGACUCUCACAGGGAGUCCAAAUUGGCCUAACAUGUAAUGAAUGUGCUGUACAUAUGUGUAAAUGAAUAAUAUUCAUAUCUGAAACUCUAUUGAUGUCUCUUCAUCUCAAUGGAUGAAUCUUGCUCAUCAGCAAGUUUAAAUUUGCCCUUAUUUAUUUUUAUUUAGAAGUUGAUAUUUGAAUGCGACAACAUGUGCCUUAUGUGUGGAAAUGUAUACUGAUAUUUAUUAAUAUAAAAGCAUAAACCAGCAAUAUGACCUGUCUUGAAGAUGGUAUUACUGACAUAUACACAACAAAAGAUAUCUGAUUUGUCCAGUGCAGUGAUUCCCAACCAGGGGUACUUAUACUACAGGGUGUACUUGGAAAGACUGUGGAAUAGCUCAAAUAAUAUGAACAAAACAGACAGUAAAACAAAAGCAAUGGAUUCAUGCAGGGCUUAACAAUAAGGAUCCCUUCUCUCUCUGCCCCUUUCACGCUCAAUACUGUCCUAUAAAUUAAAAGCAAAAGGUUUAGUUGGGGACUGCUAUGAGUGGUGACACUUAUGGGAAACUAUGAUGAUUGGUUAAAUGUACAAGAAAGUUGCCAUGAUUGGACAAAAUGCAAGGCCAGACCAGACCAACCUAAACAUUGACACGACACUCUUUCACUGCACUCUAAAUCUUGAAAUAACAUUUUAAAAUAAAUCCAAAUGAACACAUUGGGAACACCACAAGCAGAGACAAUGAAGGGGCACUUGAGUUCGGAACCACUGGUCUCGUGACAUUGAAAGUUUUGAUUGAUAUUUGUAUCAGCUCCCUCCUUAAGCUCGAAACCACACAAUUGGGAAUUUCAUCUGAUCUAAACUUCCACUCUGACACAGAGGCUGACUUUGUGAACUCGGUAUAAUAUUUGUUUGAGCUUUCACACACAGAUGAGGUUUGUUUGAUAGUAAUGUUCUGAACCAGAAAAUGAGCCCAUAUCCGCAGAAAAUCGCUCGACUCAUUUCUAAGUGUUCGCAAGGUUGGUCCCUCAUUAAUUCUAAAUGCAGCAGUCUCAGUCUUUUGAUUGUUUUACAGAUUAAAGCAGCUUAACUUGAUUCUCUUCUUUCUGUCCUCGGGAGAAAUUAUUCCAGCAUCAUAAAUCUACAUUGAGUUGUCUGAAAUCAUGUUCAAAUUCUUUAUUUAAUUGAAUUAACAUAUCUCUUUUUGGAAAACAUUUAUUUUGGGUGCCAUGUAAAAGCGUAUUAAAUGUUACUGUCCAUUGUUUAGGGUUUUGUUCAUGUCCAACGAUUUUUCCAGCUUCAAAUACAUACAGUAAAUAUUCAACAAAGUGUCUUAGUAUGAUUGUGUAACUGACAAACCAAAGUUAUUAACACCAAAAGUUUUCCAGAACUGUGAAAUUGAUGCGCAGACACACCCAUUUCGUCUAGCAGCCAAAGCUUCAAGCCCACUGUGUAUUCUGAGAAUCAGUGGUAAGGCCUACUCUUCCUGCACGCAGGUGACAGCUGGCCUCUCCAGGCAAACACAGUGUCAAAGCCAGAAUCCAUGAACUGCUUAUUCUGCAGAAGGCCGCUUGCUAUUUUUAAUCUCUGACACAAAAUAGAGGCGAGAAGAGAGAAAGAACUCAAGCUUGGGAGCCAUGGUGUGUACCCAGUGUCGGCCCUGUGCCAGGCAGCUGAUUUGGCACACUGCAGCAAGCCCUUUUUUUUCUGAGGAGUUUAAGUUUAUAAACCAGAUGGAGUCUGAACUAAUGGAAUUGUAAGAUGAUACCAGCUUGCAUUGGGUUGCUCAUAAAGUCAGUAACCAUUUUUUUUGUACUUGUGUGAAAGCCUCGAAGAAAUUAGAGAGCUUUGCAUAUCUGUUGGAUAAGAAAAAACAAUAGUGAGACACAUUGUGGGAUUCAGGGAAGAUGCCCCUUGUUGUUGCAUGUUGAUAAUAUUUUUCUUUUGUCUGUCCUGUCUUCCAUUCCUUGACCCAGUGUUUCUCCGCAGUAUGGAAAAGUCUGAUUUUUAGGAAUUCCCAGGUCUGAAUAAGCAUGGGAAAAGGAAAACAGAGAGUGGAAAAUAUCUGUUUCCACACUACUGCCCCAUUCUGUUUUAGAAAUUAUAGAAAUAAAUUAAAUAACUGUACCAAAUCUGGACAUACACGACUAAAUUAGUUUGACAGAAAACUAAAAUAUCUUUGAACUUUUGAACUCUUUUCAACUAAUUUUUGGUUCUUAUUUAUAAAAGAAACUAAAAAAAUAUCAGGGAAACAAUAAUAUUUAGUCAGUAUGGUUUCCAUGAGCUACAUUACCUCACUAUAAUCUGGUAAUUAUUAGUGUUGAAACUCUGUUACCCAUGAGUCAUCGCUUUUAAAACAUCCUCUCUUUUUUCUCACUUUACAUGGACCUUCGUUCAACAUUCAGUUAUAACUUGUUUUCCAUCAUUAUCUAAAGAAUAUUUUAAUGAAAACUUUUAAGAAAUAAUUGUGGCCCCAAAUAAAUGAAAUAAGCAGUAUGCAUGCUUUAGUGCCAUCUAGUGGUGAGGUUGCAGAUUGCAACUAACUGAAUACCCCUUCUACUUAGACCUCUGUUUCCAAGUAUGAAGAGAGCUUACGGUGGCCUUCAGGCAUUGGCGGAUCUGUCUAUAGGCAACAUAGGCAGCAGACAGGAGGAUGUGGUGUCAAAU